AUGGAGAGAGGCCGUUCGCGUCUUCUCUCUGCUUACCCCUUUUCUUGCUCCGUCCCCACGCCUUCUUUCGCCUCUUCGUUGCCGUCGUUUGUUCCUGCUUCUGCCUCGUCCCCGCGGUUCUACGCGUCUUCUGCGCCUCCUGGUUCCUUCGCAGCCCCACCGCCUCGCCCCUCUUCGGCGCGGGCUUCGAGUGCAGCCGCACAGACUGCCUCUCUGGAUGCCGCUGCCAAGGCCCUCUGUCCCCAGGAAAUGGUCGAGUACCUCAACAAAUACAUCAUCGGCCAGGCUGAAGCGAAACGAGCCGUCGCCGUCGCUCUCCGACAGCGCUGGAGACGCCGACACAUUGAAGACGAGAGACUGCGAGAAGACAUCACGCCGAAAAACAUUCUUCUCAUCGGCCCCACAGGAGUGGGAAAGACGGAAGUCGCUCGGCGGCUGGCCAAGCGCAUUGACGCUCCUUUCAUUAAGGUGGAAGCCACGAAAUUCACCGAAGUUGGGUUCCACGGGCGAGAUGUGGACCAAAUCAUCAAAGAUCUCGUGGAAGUGGCGGUGAAGACCCAACGCACAAAGCUGCAAGAGGCGAUGCGGCCAGCCGCCGAGCACCGCGCGGAGACGAAAAUCCUCGAAGCUCUUCUGGGCAAAAUGCCUGCUGAGGAGCACCAGCAGUGGCUGCGUCAUCUCCGGUGCGGCGCACUCGACUCGCGGCGCGUGCAUGUGGACUUUCCAGCGCGACCGAACGUCGGAGCGGCCUCGGGUGGCCCGGCCUUCGACGACGGGGGCCGAGACUCGAUUGUGGCAGACUUGGAGAGCAUCAUUCGAGACAUCGACAGGCCCCGUCCCGCCUUCUUUGCAACUCGUCGAGGCCCUCGCGGCUCGGAAGCACGCAACCUGACGGUGAAGGAGGCGCGGGAGAAACUGAUGCAGGCCGAGCUAGACGCCAUGAUCACAAAAGACCUCGUCGUUCAGAAGGCGCUCGAGGCAGUGGAACAAGAAGGCAUCGUCUUCAUCGAUGAAAUCGACAAAAUCUGCAGCAAGGGCGGGCGCAGUGGGUACAACCCCGACGCCUCGGACGAAGGCGUCCAGCGCGACUUGCUGCCUUUGAUUGAAGGGACGACCGUCAGCACGCGAUACGGAGAUGUGAAGACGGACUACAUUCUCUUCAUUGCCUCGGGCGCGUUCCACUGCGUGAGGCCGAGCGAGUUGCUGGCGGAGCUGCAGGGGAGGCUUCCGAUUCGAGUCACGCUCACGUCGCUGACGGAAAGCGAUUUGCGAGACAUUUUGACCAAGACGCAGAACAACUUGAUUGAGCAAAAUACAGCGCUCCUGCGAACCGAGAACGUGGAGCUGCACUUCACAGAGGAGGCAGUCAACGAGAUAGCCCGAGUUGCCUGCGAGGUCAACGCGAGUGUCGAGAACAUCGGCGCCCGCCGUCUACACACCAUCAUUGAAAAAAUCAUGGAAGACAUCAACUACGCAGCGCCGUCGAUGGCUCCUGGAACGCGAGUGGAAAUUGACCUGGAACGUGUGCGGAGUAGCGUGAGCUCGCUCCUCACCAAGAUGGACUACACGCGGUUCGUGCUGUGA